AUGAACGACAAAGUUGCCAUCAUUGGCAGCGGACUGAUUGGAUCAAGUUGGGCUACUCUGUUCAUCUCUCAUGGUUAUCGAGUAUCUCUUUAUGAUAUUUCGACUGACCAAUUGGAUAAAUCGUAUGCACUUAUCAAUGAUAAUCUGAAUAAACUGAAGGCGGGUCAGAAGUGCGUUAUGUCCGUAAGGUCUUUCCUUUUGCAGGAGAAGAAACUCCUGGACAAAUGUGUUGAAGAAUGUCUUCAACUCAUAACGAAGACAACUGAUCUGAAAGAAGCUCUAGACGGCGCAUUCUAUGCUCAAGAAUCUACAUGCGAAUCUUUAGACUUCAAGAAGAAAGUUUUCAAACAACUUGAAGAGCUGUCCGCUCCCACAUGCAUUCUCGCUAGUAGCACUUCCACUAUACCCGCAAGCAAAUUCACUGAGGAGUUGCAACACAGAGAGCGAUGUCUUGUCGCUCACCCUGUGAACCCACCUCUUUUCUUGAAACUAGUUGAACUCGUACCUGCUCCUUGGACUAGUAAGACAACGAUGGAAGAAAGCAAGAAACUAAUGCAAAACAUAGGCCAAGAACCGGUUAGUCUCACAAAGGAAGUUGUAGGAUUUGCAGUAAACCGUAUACAAUUCGCAAUCCUUUCCGAGGCUUGGCGUUUAGUGGAAGAUGACGUAAUGAGUGCCGAAGAUGUUGACAAGGUGAUCAUGUGGCUUUAG